AUGGAGAUCAACCGUGAGUCUUCCGGGGCAAACUUGCGCCGGGUCCGAGCUCACCUCGAGCUUUCGUCUUGCAGGUCCAAUCCAGAGCAAAUGGAUCCUCUCCAAGAUGCUGUGCAUAGAUAUCUUCAGCUCCCAUUUGAUCAGACAGUGCUGAUACUUCAUGCAAAAGUUGCUCAGAAAUCAUAUGGGAAUGAAAAAAGAUUCUUCUGCCCACCUCCAUGUGUGUAUCUCAGUGGACCAGGCUGGAAACAAAAGAAGGAAGAAAUUAAAGGCAAAGAUGUAACAGGGGCCAGUUCCCAGAUAUGUGGGUAUAUAGGACUUGAUAGCAUGGGCAGUAGCCAUGUAGAAAUGCAGAAGCUAAACUUUGAAGAACAAUUGGAUUCCAAGAACUUCAGCUGCACCAAAACUCUCUACAUCUCAGACUCUGACAAGAGAAAACACUUCCAGCUAGCCCUGAAGCUGUUCUUCAGUAAUGGGCAGGAGAUUGGUACAUUCCACAGCAAGCUGAUCAAAGUGAUCUCCAAGCCCUCACAGAAAAAGCAGUCCCUGAAGAACACAGACCAUACUAUUGAUCAUAAUCUCCUUCUUGACAAACAUAAGGGUCUGGGAGUGUUGGAGUUUGUGAAUGUUACAGUGAUUCUUCUGCCUCUGGAUUCAGUUCCAAUCAAUGUUAUCAUUCGCAAAGUUACUAAGCAAUCGGUAAUGCUGGAUGUGGAUGAACCAGUUUCCCAGUUGCAUAAAUGUGCAUUCCAGUUUCAUGGGAGUGAUAGGAUGUACCUCUGCCUCUCAACAGAGAAAGUAAUCCAGUACCAGGCAUCUCCCUGUCCCAAAGAAAUAAAUCGAGAAUUACUGAAUGACAGUUCCUGUUGGACCAUCAUUGGGACAGAGGCUGUGGAAUAUUCAUUCAGCCUCAGUCCAACCAGCAUCAAGAAUCCAGUGGGCCCCGUCCCUCUUAUAACGACCUUGGAGCUGACAGGUGGAGGGGAUGUGGCAAUGCUGGAAGUCCAAGGCAACUAUUUCCAUGCAAACAUGAAAGUUUGGUUUGGAGAUGUGGAAGCAGAGACUAUGUACAGGUACCAAUUGAAUUCCAAGUCCUUAGUGUGUGUUGUUCCUGAUGUCUCUGCAUUCAGCCCUGAUUGGAGAUGGUUACGAUACCCAAUUACUGUCCCUCUUCUGCUACUAAGGAAUGAUGGUCUGAUUUAUUCCAGUACAUUCAGCUUCACAUACACACCAGAACAGAGUUUUCUGUGUGGUCCACCACUCCUGCCAGAGAUGGUGCAGGAUUCUGACACCUUGCUCAAUUCCAUCCAUCAAGAAUUCACUAAGACAAAGUAUCACCUUUUCACGCAAAGCUAG